AUGUAUAUAAAAUUUUAUUUUUUUCCAAUAUUAAUAAUAUUGACGACUUUUUACAAUGUGGCUAGAGCAGAUGUGCUUUGGCCAGCCACUUUUUAUAGAGAGAGAUAUUAUUUCUCCAAUGGAUAUAUGGAUGUAAAAAAACAAACUCCAGGCUAUGAAUAUCUACCGAAUAUUGUGAACAAUGAAUUAGAUCUAAUUGGCUAUCCAGUUUUGAAUGAUUCUACAACUCGCCGUUUACCUACCGUUUCAAAAUAUAGUGACUUUGAAUUUAUCUGGAACGGAACCGUACCAAGUCCACUCUGUAUAAUCGAAUCCAAUUUCACUCUCAGUGAAACCACUGUUCAAGUAACUGCCGAAAAGAAUAUGUCAACCUAUCUCUACCAACAAGCCAAUUUCUUUCCACCCGAAGACUUAAGUUGUCAAUAUGUCAAUAGACCAACUUUUUGUUUACAAAUUAAUACUAAUUGGACAUUCUCUGAAACUUCACAAGUUGAGUUUUCAACUGCAGAUAAUCUCUGGCUAUUCCUAGAUAAUCAAUUGAUAUUUGAUAAUGGUGGCUAUACAAAUGGUCAACAACAAUAUUUUUCACUAGAUUUUGAAUCAGGUAAAUAUAGUUGGUCAUUCAAUGACACACAGGUGCUUUACAGUUUUGAUGCAUCUCAAUUUUAUAAUAAAUUAACAAAAUUGGAUAUAUAUCACUGCAAGUUUAUUGUUAAUGAAACACUAUCAUUCUCCAUUGUGAAUUCGACUGCAACCAUUAAACCAACACCUACCCCAACAUCCAAUCCAACACCUACCCCAACAUCAGAGAUUGGUGAAUGUGAUAGAUCACCACAACCUUUCAAAUGUAAGAAAGGACCAGUGAUUGCUGUCGCUAUAGUGGGCGCUGCUGUUGCCGCUGCCGCUAUUGGUGCAGCUGCCUUCUUCGCCAAGAAAAAGUUUGAGCAGAUCAAUGUACCAUCAGGUAACGCAAUGGGCAAUGUUCAAAACAACCCAUUAUUCGUUCACAAAUCAAUUCCAAUUUAUAAUGAAAAAAUUGCAACCUAUUUAAAUUGUCUAUUCGAAUGCGCACAACGCUGUCGUUGCCUACAUCAGUCGUGUGCUCUCACCGAUCUGAACGAAUCUGACAUUCCAAUCUCAAAGAAAGCAAUCAAUGAACAAUCAACUGAUGAAGAUGCAUUAAAGUCAUUACAAGUCAUCAAUUUAUUCAUGAUUCUCAUACAAUUUAACUUUCAACAAAUCUUUGAAGGAUUGGAAGGUUUGAGUCAUGACGAUAAACAAAAGAUGUAUCAAUUUAAAUUUAAAGACUAUGUUCAAAAUCAAAUAGAUUUGUCACCAUCAAAGAAUGUACCAUCAUUAUUUGAUUGUAUCUUGUAUGAAGUUAUUGAAUUCAUUGAAUAUUCAAUAAGCUUUGUGUAUGUUACUCGUUACUAA